AUGACAGAGCCACCAGCAAAGCGCGCUCGCCGGGUUGAUAGCUCAGCAAUGUGGGACAUGGACGAUCGAAGGAUACGCUCUCCUGAGUUAGACUCCGACUUGGAUAGGCGCCAAAAACGCGAACCCCAGCCUGGUGACGGAAGGCGCGAUGGCCCGCGCGAGGAUAGAAGGUACCGCUCCCGGUCAAGGGACCGAAAAGAACGGCGGCGAGAAAGAAGCAGGUCAAGGGAUCGCCGCGACCGGGACUGGAAGGAUAGGGAUAGGGACGGACGGGAAACGCGAGUUCGCGAGAGGAGCAGCAGUGCAGACAGAUACUAUGAUAGAAGAGGUUAUCCUUCGAAAAGUGACCGGUAUCGCGACCGCUCUCGAUCGCCGACACGAAACGGUAACAGGGACAGAUCACCACCCCGAGGCUCUAGAGGCGACCGCAGGAACGAACGCAAAGAUCCCCGAGGCCAGUUGAACGGCACCACAGAUUUGAAGAAGCAAUCAGACCGAUACAAGGAUGAUAUUCACAUGGAUCUUGACGAUGCGGCUGGAGAAGAUGAUAUCGAGGAAAUGAUUCGUCGAAGCAUGGGAUUCUCCAAAUUCCGGAGUACCAAGAACACCAAAGUACCCGGUAACAACAUCUACGGAGUGCGAAAGGAAAAGAAGAGCGAAUACAGACAAUAUAUGAACCGUGUAGGAGGUUUCAACAGGCCGCUCAGUCCCUCGAGGUGA